AUGGACGUCAAUGUUCAAACACAAAUACUUCAUGACCUGCCACCAACAGUGCACAAGUUGAUUGUUAGAUACUUGUAUCAUUGUUCAAAGAAUGAUCGGGCUACAUUGAGCCUGGUGUCCAAGAGCUACCUUCAGUAUGUGGCCAACAUCCAUUCGAGAUUGGACGACUCCCAACAUUGGGAGUACUACCUGGACAACGCACAUCUGCCCAACUUCACCAACAGCCUGCUGAGCGCACACUCGCUCACCUCGGCCAUCUACACAAUGAGCCUGUUGGUCGAACCGUCAAACAAUCGCUACAAACGCAUCUCAGCCAUGCAACAUAUCGACUCGCCCGCACAACUGGACACGAUCGACUCCAAAUGCUUUGCGCGUCUCAAGUUGCUCAUUGUUGACAGUGCUACAUUGUUGCAUCCACGCUUCCAACAUGUCAUUCAAACAUUAGACCGCGUACAAUCCACGCAGUACAAGCGCCACCUCAACAAGCUGUACAUCCGCAUCACCCAUCCCAUCCCCGCGGCCACCUUUGCCCUGAUCCCUCAAGAGGUCAGUCGAUGUUUGAGCAAGGUGUGUCUGGUGUUUAGCAAUUGGCAGUCACACACUGGUGCUCUGGCCGAGGACGAGUACCAGCCCACGAUCGACUAUGUGCGCUCUCUGUCCAAUGUGCGCAAGAUGGUGCUGGACAUCCACCCGACACUGCUCGCGACAUUGUUGGCGGGCUGUCCAACAGUAUUCCCGCAGCUCACCAAGGUCGACCUGCAGACCAAGUUCACAAAGGAGGAAGAGUACCCGUGGGCCACCCUUCAGAUGGUCCCCGAGCUGGCCUGGCUGUCGACUGCUUUCCCGCAGGCCAGCGAGCAGUUCCUGUCGUUCCUUCUCCGCAGCGACACAAUCAGGACCCUUGGCUCGGCCCUCCCCACCACUGUGUCGGUCGCGCGAAACAUACAAAGACAGCGCUCACUCAAGGAUCUCACGCUGCGUCUGUUGGCACCAUCGUCCAUCUGUACGCAUAGCGAGCUGUUGACGUUCAACUUCAUGUUGCCGGAGCAACUCAAUCAUCUCACCGUGUUGUAUGAGCGUGAUGACAAUGGUCCCAUCUUUGACCGACUGAUGAUGGGCAUGCAGAAGCACGAGCGUCUUAACUCGCUGGCCAUUGCCAAGAGUAGCAAUAUAAUGCGAUUGGAUAAUUUGGCAUUCAUGUUGGUUGGCAAUCGAUCGAUCGAGCAUCUCACCGUCACGAACAUCUAUGGCGAGUCGCCCAGCGACCUGGCAUCACUGUUCACCAGUGUGUCCAACAACAACAAGCUCAAGACACUCACGUUGUAUUUCAAUCUGACUCUGCCAUUGUUCCAACAACUGUUCACCGUCCUCGAGACACAUCCAUCACUCUACAAAGUUGUCGUCAAUCGCAAGUCCCUGCCUCAAAAGUUCAAGCCAACACCUGCCCUACUGGCUGUCUAUGAUAUUCAGAUUGGCAGCUCACUAGUCGAGCUAACACGUCUUAUCAAGUAA